CAAACUCAAGGCUCUUAUUGUGGAGGGGCAGCCGGAAGCAGUGCGGAGCGACCGAUGAGAAGCUUCGCUGGAUCAGAGUCUGAGAGAAAAUGAGCUCCAUCGGAACCGGGUACGAUCUGUCCGCCUCCACCUUCUCUCCAGAUGGACGGGUGUUUCAGGUGGAGUACGCCAUGAAGGCCGUGGAGAACAGCAGCACGGCCAUCGCUAUCCGCUGUAAGGAUGGCGUUGUGUUCGGGGUGGAGAAGCUGGUUCUGUCCAAACUGUACGAGCAGGGCUCCAACAAACGCAUCUUCAACAUCGACAGACACGUCGGCAUGGCGGUAGCUGGGCUGCUAGCUGAUGCUCGCUCUCUCUCUGAAGUGGCGAGAGAGGAAGCCUCCAGCUUCAGAUCGAGCUACGGACACGACAUUCCCCUCAAGCACCUGUCGGAGAGAGUGGCCAUGUACGUGCACGCCUACACUCUGUACAGCGCUGUGAGGCCGUUCGGCUGCAGCUUCAUCCUGGGCUCUUAUGAUAAAGACGACGGUCCUCAGCUCUACAUGGUCGACCCCUCAGGCAUCUCUCACGGUUAUUGGGGCUGUGCGAUCGGGAAGGCUAAACAAGCAGCGAAGACUGAGAUCGAGAAACUGCAGAUGAAGGACAUGACGUGCAGGGAGGUCGUGAAAGAGGUCGCUAAAAUAAUCUACAUCGUGCACGAUGAGGUGAAGGACAAGGCCUUCGAGCUGGAGCUCAGCUGGGUGGGAGAGGUCACAGACGGACGACACCAGCUCGUUCCCAAAGACGUUAGAGAGGAGGCGGAGAAAUACGCCAAGGACUCUCUGGAGGAGGAGGAUGACUCCGAUGAAGACAACAUGUAGACCCUUCUUCACUUUAUUUUGUAUGUUUUGUAGUUCAUGUACUUUCAUGUCGUUUCAUUUGGUUUGAAUUUCCGCUUCCAAAAUAAAAAAAAAAGACCAGUUGGA